CUGAAUCACUUAAGGAAGUGAAACAGAAAUUGCAGAAGAAGGGUGCUUGACAUAAAACGGUCUAGUAAUUACUUCUGUUCACAGUUUGCUGUUGAUUUUUGCUGUUACUUCUCCGGUCUCAAGUUGUCCAGAAUGUCUUUAAUGAAAUGUAUUUCAGUGAUUUGUAUUGUAGGUAUUCUUUUCAAUGAAUGCCUAGGAGAAAUGGAAUUCGAGUGCGCCGCCCUUCCUGACGGUGAGGUUGCUAAGAUAACCAACUUCAUCUCUGUGGAUAACAGCGUCAAUGAAUCUACUAUCUGUAGGAUGCAAUAUCAGGUGCCAGAUGGGGCAAACCUCUGGCAAGGCAUGCUUGCAGCUAAUCAGCAACACGGGGAUAACUUUACUUUUGAGGCGUCUUUGCAUCCUAUAUACGGUCACUUCAUUACGACCAUUAAUGGCGUCGCAGGCAAUGCAGAUUAUUUCUGGGCAAUCUUCGACGGGGAAGGAAUAGCGACACCUACAGGUGUUGAUGGAAUUGAACUGGAAGAUGGAGAUUCCUACAUCUUCAAUUACAUGUCAGUUCCUCCAUCCAAUUCAAGCGAUCACACUAUCGCCAACUAUACAGGGCUAUGUUUGACUGCACCCAACAAUCCAGCUAAUGUGCCCCUGAUGUUAUUCAGUACAUUCAUCACCAUCUCAGAUGAGAACACGGAGGAUGUGAGGGAGGGAACCAACUUCAAACCCGUAUGCAAUCAACUGGUCCUCUAUGACCAAUCACAGUCAACAUUGUAUGACGUCAUGCAGCUGGUCAACGAUCAGGUCCCAUUGGACAUUAGUGUUGUGUUGGAUUCUUCUACCAUGAGCGUGAUAACAUUAAACAAUAUAACCAACCAAGGUGGAUACAAAUGGACACCGUUCAACGUUAAGACCAAUAUGACACUCCCACGGGAUCUCUCGAUGAUCCAACUUUCUGACGGUGAUCAGAUUCGUUUUGACUUCGCCGAAGUCGCUAGUGACGACAAUAAUGAUGGCUCAUCUGGAGUUAAGACCACAACGUCUGUCCUCUUGUUCCUCUCAUCAAUCUUUCUAUCUCUCUACAUGUAGAGAAUGUAUGGGCAGCGAAUUUCAUAGACUCUAUUAAA